AUGACACAUGGCGAAAAUAGAUCCAUGUCUCUUGGCUUUUUCUCUCAGUUUCAGGAUCUGGAGUACCUGUACAUUGACGGCUGUUUUGCUCAAAUCCUUCCAACUGGGAAUAGCCACCUUCCAAAUCUGGAACACAUGUACUUGAUAGGUAAAUGGGGAAUGGGCUCUGGGUGCUGUGAUUGUCAUAUUGGGCCUCAUACAUUCAGAGAUCUAGUUAAGUUAAGUCAUUUGACCAUACAUGGUUACAGGUUAAGAGCAAUGACCCCAGAUGUUUUCCAUGGCAUCCCUCAGUUACAAAGAUUCAGCAUUAGUGAAACCUGUGAAGAGGAUUUGUCAGAGAUACUAUGCAGAAUAAUGAAUAUAAAGUCACUUAUAGAGAUAAGUGUAGACGCACCAGUGAUACAAUCGUUAAACCAAUCAAACUGCUCCAACAACAACCAAAGCGUGACAUCUGUUUUUAACAAUCUAACAAGAGUUGACUUAUUAUUUGGUAAAAUAACACAUAUAGAGGAAGGUGCAAUGGCUUGGCUCCAGAACCUGACAUUUUUAAAUGCGGCUUUCAGCCAGGAAGUCCUACUGCGCCUUCCCCUUUCUGGGAUUAAGCAAAUCCAGCACUUCAGUUGCUGUGGUAGCAAUGACAUUGAUAUUGAAAGUAUCUGUAAUGUCGUGUUUUUGCUUUCAAUCCAGCAAAUAUAUGUAUUCAAUGCCAAUACAAGCAGCCUCUCUAUGUCCAGUUUUGAAUUGUGCAUUGGGCUAGAACAUAUGCAUUUAUCUGGACCUGGAGCCAUCUAUCCUACUCCCCAUUUGAAAUGGAAUUUCAUUUCCAGUCUCAAAAACCUUAAUCAAUUAACAAUAUAUGGCCUGACAGAUAACAUACUUGAUAUUUGCUCCUGCCAAAAACAACCAAUCACAUGGUUAACAAAACUCACUUUAAGGUUGAACAAUCCACAAAUACUUUUUGCAAAACAAUUUAGCUGUCUUGUUAAACUGCAGUACCUGGAUUUAACACAUAAUUUUAUUUCAAACAUUGAAGACUUUGCUUUCCUGGGAUUGACAAAUCUGGAGUCCUUAAUCAUUACAAGAAACAACAUAACACAGAUCCAUGCAAACACAUUUUUUGGUUUAAGUAGUUUGACACGUUUAGACCUCAGGAACAAUCCACUUAUUCACAACAUUGAGGCAAUGUCUUUCACACACCUCACGUCUCUAAAACAAGUGUUUCUCGGGCAAGUGCACAAUCCACUAACAGAACCUGUGAUCAAGCUGAAUCUGACACUUAUAUUUGGUGGCAUUCUGAGUCAGCUGACUGAUCUGUACAUUAGUUCAGCUAUGAGGCCGAUGCAGUUGACUAUCGGCAGUAACAUCACAUCUAAACAGAACCUGAGUCUCCAGGUCAAAGGCCAGACGGUUUCAUUUGAAGACUGUGACAGACCAUUCUUUCAGUCCGUAACCCAUCUUAAUACUGAUGCUGAAGAAUUCCUUUGUGGAUCUGAAUUCAUGGGAAAGUACUUCACGUCUGUGGAGACAUUUGACUACAGAUCUAAGCUUUCAGCUAAAAGUGUUGAUUUAACAUCAAUUAAUCAGCUGAUUCACCUGAGGAAACUGGCUCUAAGACGGGUGGAUCUUUUAAUACAGCGUUCUGCCAACAUCAUUUUUCACAACCUGACCAAACUGGAGGUUCUGGAACUUUAUAACUGCAGGAUUUAUUCUUUGGAGGGGAGUUUAACUAAAGACUUAAAAUCUUUGAAAACAUUGUAUUUGCAUAUCGAGAACAUUUAUAAUGUAUUCUACAGCUUUACUGAACCUCUCUCUAGCCUUAAGUAUUUGAUACUUUUGAAGUUUCAGAUGUUUUGCAGUUGUGACAAUGCUUGGCUCAUUACAUGGGCCAAGGGGUACAGGCAAGUUGAGGUGAUCAUGAUUUCUCCGUAUUCACAUCAAGUUAUGUAUGCUCUGGACGAUUUGAUAUGCUUGUCGGACAACGGAAUAGACACACCUAAUUUUGUAAAGUACACAGAAGACAACUGCUCAACAGAGGUGGACUUUGUGCUCUUUGCUGCGACUGGUCUGGGAGUCCUGUUCUUCAUGCUGGUGGUGUUGGUUCACAACCUGGCCGGCCCCUACCUCCUCCCCCUCUACCACAUCACCCUUGGCUGGCUGUCGGAGGCCAUGCGAUCCAACACCAGGGGGCGCUACCACUACGAUGCGUUUGUCUCCUACAGCGGGAAGGACGAACACUGGGUGGUGGAGGACCUGCUUCCCAAUUUGGAGCAGAGGGGUCCUCCUUUCCUGCGCCUCUGUCUGCACAGCAGGGACUUCCAGCUGGGGAAGGACAUUGUGGAGAACAUCACAGACAGCCUCUACCAGAGCCGCCACACCCUCUGCCUAGUCAGCCGCCACUACUUGCGCAGUAACUGGUGCUCCCUGGAGAUGAAGCUGGCCACCUCCAGGCUGCAGGUGGAGCAAAGGGACGUCAUCCUCCUGGUCUUCCUGGAGAAGAUCCCCCCUCGCCAGCUGUCUGCCCACCACAGGCUGGCUCGCCUGGUGAAGACCAGGACCUAUCUGGACUGGCCCCAAGACCCCAAUCAGCACCAGGCAUUCUGGGACAGACUGUGGGCUAAACUGAAACCUCACACUGAAGCGUGAGAUCAGAGGUUGAUGUAGAAUCUUGUGUUUAUGCAGAUGUAAUGUUGACACAUAUUUUGAGGUAUUGAAUUUGUCGUUUUUGAGAUUUGUUAAGACAAUUGUGAUGAAGUCCUUUUAAAUGCUCUGUCUGGAGUGUACUUUCUCUGAUUCAUCUGAAAUUACUUAGAAAUAAUCCUAUUUAAAUUUCAUAGAAAAAAAGCCAAUAAUUUUACUUCCCCAAAUUUCAUCAGCUCCUGUUUGUAUUUUUCAACAACUAAUCACUAACACAAAUCUUUGCUUGUAUAUUUGUUGCUAAGAGGAACUGAAAAAGGUGUGAUUUAGCUCAUUUCUGUUGUAUUUCAGAUAACAACUACUGUAUGCUCCUGUGAAUGACAAUACAUGAAUGACCAAUGACCAUGAACCAUUUAUUAACGGCAAUCCGUGAAUGACCAAUGACCAUGAAGCAGGUAUUAAUGACAAUACAUGAAUUACCACGAAGCAGUUAUUUUUAUUUCAAAAUCGAUCAAAGAGUUUUAUACAGAAAUGUAGUUGCUAGUUGUUUAACUAAAUGUGUUGCUAGUUGUUUAACUAAAUGUGUUGCUAGUUGUUUAACUAAAUGUGUUGCUAAUUGGCAACUAAAUGUGUUGCUAGUUGUUUAUCUAAAUGUGUUGCUAGUUGUUUAACUAAAUGUGUUGCUAGUUGUUUAACUAAAUGUGUUGCUAGUUGUUUAACUAAAUGUGUUGCUAGUUGUUUAACUAAAUGUGUUGCUAGUUGUUUAACUAAAUGUGUUGCUAGUUGUUUAUCUAAAUGUGUUGCUAGUUGUUUAACUAAAUGUGUUGCUAGUUGUUUAACUAAAUGUGUUGCUAGUUGUUUAACUAAAUGUGUUGCUAGUUGUUUAUCUAAAUGUGUUGCUAGUUGUUUAACUAAAUGUGUUGCUAGUUGUUUAACUAAAUGUGUUGCUAGUUGUUUAACUAAAUGUGUUGCUAGUUUUUUAACUAAAUGUGUUGUUUGAAUGUUGUCUGUAUAUGGUUUAUUACACAUUUAUUUGAUACAUUUCUUAUCUCAUGGGCGUGGGGAGGUGUCCCCCUUUCUGGCCAAUGAAGUGAUUUCUGCACAAUAUUUGUUGGAAACUGGCUUCUGUUUCUGAUUUGAAAUAAAAUGCUAUAUGUCCCUGCUCCCUGCCUUAGCAUUACUCAUUUUAAUGUUAUAUUCUAGAAUGCCUCCAUAUUCUAUAUUCUACAUGUUCUUCGCUCUCAAAUCAAAUAAUAUUUUAUUCAUCACAUGCGCCGAAUACCACAUGUGUAGACCUUACCGUGAAGUGCUUACUUACAAGCCCUUAACCAACAAUGCAGUUCAACAAAUAGAGUUAAGAGAAAAUGUACAAAAUAAACUAAAGUAAAAUAAUAAAAUCAAAAAGUAACACAAUAAAAUUACAUAACAGUAACGAGGCUAUAUACAGGGGGUACCGGUACCGAGUCAAUGUGCGGGGGUGACUGUAAUAAACAGCGAGUAUAAACAGCGAGUAGCAGCAGUUUAAAAACAAUGGGGGCGGGGGGGUGAAAUGUAAAUUGUCUGGGUGGCCAGUUGAUUAAUUGUUCAGGAGUCUUAUGGCUUGGGGGAAGAAGCUGUUAAGGACACUUUUGGUUAUAGACUUGGCGCUCCGGUACCGCUUGCCAUGCUGUAGCUGGGAGAACAGUCUAAGGCUUGGGUGACUUGUGUCUUUGACAAUUUUUUGGGCCUUCCUCUGACAUUGUCUAGUACAUAGGUCCUGGAUGUCUGGAAUGUUGGCCAAAUUGAUGUACUGGGCAGUACGCACUACCUCUCCCUUAAUGUGAGCAACACAAAGGAGCUGAUCGUGGACUAUAGGAAAAGGAGGGCCGAACAGGCCCCCAUUAACAUCGACAGGCCUGAAGUGGAGCGGGUUGAGAGUUUCAAGUUCCCUGGUGUCCACAUCACCAAUCAUGGUCCAAACACACCAAGACAGUUGUGAAGAGGGCACGACAACACCAUUUCCCCCUCAGGAGACUGAAAAGUUUUGGCAUGGGUCCCCAGUUCCUCAAAAGGUUAUACAGCUGCACCAUCGAGAGCAUCCUGACCAGUUGCAUCACUGCCUGGUAUUGCAACUGCUCUGCAUCUGACCGUAAGGCGCUACAGAAGGUAGAGCGUACGGUCUUCUGAGCAGGUCAAUGUAGGAGUAGGUGAAAGUCCCAUACAGACAGCAGACAGACCAGUCUAUAAUCUCACAGGGGCUCCCAGUCAUUGUCUAGUUUGCUUUUGGCUCCAUAGAGAGUAGGGGGCUACAUACACGUGACCUUGUCACAGGGAAAGCCAGGGGGGAUGGGACUGGAGCUGUCUGAGCUUCCUGGUUGGGUGGGGUUACAGAGGUGAGGAGGAGGAAGAGGAAUCAAAAGACCUCUGUUGUGUUUUCAGCCACAUAAACACAAAGUAGCUCUGUCAUACUGUACAUUCCUGUAGAUUGGAACAGAUAGCUUUUAGUGAGUACAGUAGAAUAUCUAAUCAGAGUGGAACAGUUACCUUUUAGUGAGUACAGUAUAAUUUCUAAUCAGAGUGGAACAGUUACCUUUUAGUGAGUACAGUAGGAUAUCUAACCAGAGUGGAAAGGGAACAUUUUUGUGAGUAGAGUAGGAUAUAUAACCAGAGUGGAACACAUACCUUUUAGUGAGUACAGUAGCAUAUCUAACCAGAGUGGAACAGAUACCUUUUAGUGAGUACAGUAGGAUAUAUAACCAGAGUGGAACAGAUACCUUUUAGUGAGUACAGUAGGAUAUCUAACCAGAGUGGAACAGAUAGCUUUUAGUGAGUACAGUAGGAUAUCUAACCAGAGUGGAACAGAUAGCUUUUAGUGAGUACAGUAGGAUAUCUAACCAGAGUGGAACAGAUAGCUUUCAGUGAGUACAGUUGGAUAUCUAAUCAGAGUGGAACAGAUACCUUUUAGUGAAUAGAGAAGUAUAUUUAACCAGAGUGGAAAGGAAACCUUUAGUGAGUAGAAUAGGAUAUAUAACCAGAGUGGAACAGAUAGCUUUCAGUGAGUUGUAGUGUAUUAGGAUUAUGUCUUUGUUAAUGGUUUUUAAGUGGAACUGAAGGGAUGUUUAUUUUUGUUCAAAAGUAGCCAUUUGUAGGGUGACGCCCCACGGGAGACAGGUGAUUGGACAGCAGGGGCAGCAACCCAUAUUUUUGCAUUCUUUAUAAGUAUAGGCUGGAGGCAGAGGGGGUUGGAACAGACAGAUUAUCUUUGGAACACUGUUCUCAAGCCCUGCAGGGUCUGUAAACUUAUGCUGACAUCUUGUGAUAUGAAUAAAACUUAUAAUCAAAGUGCAGCCUAAGCGGACUCUUUGUUUGACAGCAAUAAUCACCAGCAUCGACGCGAUACGACAAAUGGGGGCUCGUCCGGGAUCUGUCUGCAUCGUUCUUUGUUCCAUUCCUGAGUCGCGAGGUGACUACCGCUCAAGCCGGCUAUAAGGUGAGAUUUCUCACAAAAAUUGGGCGUUAGUUGUUUCGCUGGCUCAUUGGGGGGCAUUGGAAGGGUGUACCGUGUAAAUUACUUGGGUUUGUGCUGAUGUGGUGUUAUUGGAACAGAUAGCUUUUAGUGAGUACAGUUGAAUAUCUAAUCAGAGUGGAACAGUUACCUUUUAGUGAGUACGGUAGGAUUUCUAAUCAGAGUGGAACAGUUACCUUUUAGUGAGUACAGUAGGAUAUAUAACCAGAGUGGAACAGAUAGCUUUUAGUGAGUACAGUUGGAUAUAUAAUCAGAGUGGAACAGAUACCUUUUAGUGAGUACAGUAGUAUAUCUAACCAGAGUGGAACAGAUAGCUUUUAGUGAGUACAGUUGGAUAUAUAAUCAGAGUGGAACAGAUACCUUUUAGUGAAUAGAGAAGUAUAUUUAACCAGAGUGGAAAGGAAACCUUUAGUGUGUAGAAUAGGAUAUAUAACCAGAGUGGAACAGAUAGCUUUCAGUGAGUACAGUAGGAUAUAUAACCAGAGUGGAACAGAUACCUUUUAGUGAGUACAGUAGGAUAUCUAAUCAGAGUGGAACAGAUACAUUUUAGUGAGUACAUUUAGUUAUCUAAUCAGAGUGGAACAGUUACCUUUUAGUGAGUACAGUAGGAUGUCUAACCUGAGUGGAACAGAUACCUUUUAGUGAGUACAGUAGCAUUUCUAACCAGAGUUGAAAGGAAACCUUUAGUGAGUACAGUAUGAUAUCUAACCAGAGUGGAACAGAUACAUUUUAGUAAGUGCAGUAGGAUAUCUAACCAGAGUGGAACAGAUAGCUUUUAGUGAGUACAGUAGGAUAUCUAAUCACAGUGGAACAGAUAGCUUUUAGUCAGUACAGUAGGAUAUCUAACCAGAGUAGAAUAGUUACCUUAUAGUAAAUAUAAUAAUAAAAACAGCAAUAAUAAUAACAGUAGUAGUAAUAAUAAUAAUAAUAAUAAUAAUAGUAAUAAUAACAAUACUAAUAAUAUUUUUUAUAAUAAUGAUGUCAACAGCACAACUUCAUUAAAGAAGUUUCCCACUUCCUCUUUUGAUAUUUACUAGAGAAAUUAGUAAAGUUAGAAAAAAUAUUAAGUACUGUAUUAAAAUUCAUAUUUUUAUUUUACCUUUAUUUAACUAGGCAAGUGAGUUAAGAAGAAAUUCUCAUUUACAUUAACAGCCCCCCUACCCCGUCCAAACCCUACCCUAACGACAAUGGGCCAAUUGUGCACUCCCCUAUGGGACUCCCAAUCACAGCCGGCUGUGAUACAGUCCGGGAUCGAACCGGCGUCUCUAGUGACACCUCUUAAACUGAGAUGCAGUGCCUUAGACCUCUGCUCCACUCGGGAGCCCCUAACGUUUCGUUACAAUCUUCAGAUAUUUUAGUUAGACUCAUCUGUCUUCUGAAAUCUAUCAGAUCCAAACAGGUACUUCAUGUAAAUUGUAUUUCUUAAAGACAGUACGUUUCUUUUCAGGAACUGAAAGAGAGAACCGUAAAAACAGGUAAAAAUAGACUUUCACAAGCUGUCUAACAUACAGUGUGACUGUGCUGUACAAACAGGAUGCUGCUCCUCGAACAUAUGCAGACAUCAUUUGUGAUGGUCAGAGAACACGUUGCAGCUCUGCAUUAAUUUCUUCAUUGACUGUGGGACAUUUUAUUAUUUAUUUACUUUUGGAACCAAACUAAACAUUAAAUAUUUAUUCCUGUAUCCUUGAGAUACAAUUCAUCUGGAGGGUGAAAGGGCAGAAUAUUGGAACAACUGAAAGGUAUGAGCUGCUGUUAGUUACCAAGGAGGAACCAAUCUGACAAACAAGAAGAAGUAGAAAGACUCCAUACUGUUUGCAGCAUUCUGAAGCGUGUUACUGUAUCAAACCAACGUUCUACAGAUAUCAACCGGAACCAAACUAUUCUGACAAUUAUCUCAGUAGAUUUGACUGACGUCAGGAGAGAUGAGAGGUAUGUUUUCCCACCCUGCAGUCCUGUUCCUGUGGAUUCAGAGUGCUAGCGGAUGGAUGCAUCCCAAAUGCCAGAUUUAUGACAGUGGUGAAGACUUGGGAGACUUUGCCACCUGGACCUGCACCUACAUACGUCAUCAUGAAGAACAUUACACUGCUGCCUGUGAAGAUGUUACAGCCAUCGAGGAAGAUCUACUUGGACUUCCCCCUAAUAUCAAUAACCUCUGCAUAACUAUGACACAUGGCGAAAAUUGUCAGCUUCCUGCCUCCUGUUUGUCUCCGGGCCUCUAGAGGUCAUCUGUGUUCCCCUCUGCCUUAGUUCUUCCUCGUGUGUCCUAAUUAGCUUGAUCCAGGUCACCUGUGCCUUGUUUCCCCUUGUGUAUUUUAGCUGUGUGUUUUCCCCUUGUUUCUCACUUGGUUAUUGAGUCCUGGCUAUGUGUCUCCUGCUUUGUUCCACCGUGUCUUUCCAAGUAAGGUUUUCUAAGUUAUCUUUAGUUUGUUUUUCUCCCCUCGUGGAGUUAUUUUGUUUUGCCUCCUGUUUUGUUAAUAUACCUCUUUCUGAGAAGAACUUUUGUUGGACUAUUUGUGAAUGGCGAAGAACCUUUGUUUUUAUAUUAAAUCUACUUGGCCUGGAGUAUUGCCUUGGGUGUUUCAUUUGGGUCCUACUACACCUCCUCUGUGGCUAAGGGGUAUUACCCCCAGCUCUCCACAUCUGAGACCGGAGUUCUAGCCCAGCUUGUGACAGAAUAACCAAGUCAAUCAUGGACCCAGAAACACUCAGUUCCCAGGACCUGUUGGCGGUGAUCACUCGACAUGAGGCUUCUUUCCAGCGCCAUGAAGCCGUUCUCAGCCGACAAGAGGAGCUGAUGGCUAGACAUUCUCAACUCCUGGCCGAAAUGAUGAGUUCCCUUCACCAGCUCUUUGAACGCCUCCUUGGUCCUCUCCCUUCCCCCAGGUCACCUCCCAGUGACGACAGGCCUUCUCGGUUGGCGGAGCCCCGACUACCACCUCCCAAGCCCUUUUCUGGGGAUCCAAGCUCUUGCCAGGGUUUCCUCACCCAAUGCUCCCUCACCUUCGAGCUCCAACCCUCAAGUUUUCCCACAGACCGUUCCAAGAUUGCCUACAUCAUUACCCUUCUUUCAGACAAGGCGCUCGCCUGGGCCUCUGCGGUGUGGCAGUCCCAGGAGGCCUGUUGUGACUCCCACGCUGCAUUUGUAGAAGAGUUCAAGCGGGUGUUCGAUCAUCCUGUCAGUGGGCGGGAGGCUUCCAAGCGCCUACUGUCUCUCCGUCAGGGCUCCCGAAGCACGGCAGAUUUCGCCAUUGAUUUUCGGACCAUAGCAGCAAGGAGCGGAUGGAAUGAUGAAGCGCUGAGGGUCUGCUUUCAGGGAGGGUUAUCUGAGCCCCUUCAAGAUGAGUUAGCCACCCGAGAACCAGCUGGAGAUCUCGAGUCCCUCAUAGCCUUGGCCAUCCGCCUGGACAAUCGUCUAAGAGAGCGGAGAACGGCUCGCCGCCAGGUGUCUCAGUCCCAAGUUCCUCGGAGCAGCUCUGUUUCUCCUGUUUGGACUCUGUCAUUCAGAGCUUCCCCGGCUCCUGAACUGCUCCAGGAUUCCCCGGAGAGCAUGCAGUUAGGCCGUUCCAGGCUUUCUCCCAAUGAAAGGGAACGUCGCAUGAGGGAGCGUCGGUGCCUCUACUGCGGGGUUGCCGGCCACUUCCGCUCCACUUGCCCCGAGCUUUCGGGAAACGCCAGUCCCCGCCCAGCUACAGGAGGGCUGUGAUGGGGAGAAUUAGAGCUCCUCCUACUAACGCUGUCCUGGCUAUUCCAGCCACUCUGUCCUGGGAGGGCCACCAGCAUCGGGUCCAGGCUAUGAUCGAUUCCGGUGCCGCAGGUGAUUUCCUGGAUGUAACCUUGGCUAAGGAACUUAAGAUCCCUACCCAACUACUUCCUCAUCCCCAGGCAGUUACAGCCUUAGAUGGCAGACCUCUGGAACCAGGAAAGGUUACAGAGGCGACUCAGUCCCUGAGACUUACCAUCUCUCAACACCAGCAGGAGGAAACCUUCUAUCUCAUUGACUCUCCCGAGUAUCCUAUCAUCCUGGGUCACCCUUGGCUAUGCAGACAUAAUCCCCAGAUCGACUGGUCUACUGGCACCAUUCUAAGCUGGGGUCCCACUUGCCAACUCACCUGCAUGCUUCAGAGUCCCUCAGCCCCUAGUACCCAGUUUCAAGAGUCUGUUGACGUCUCCCUAGUCCCCAGUGUUUACCAUCGGUUCAAGGCUGUGUUCAGCAAGGCCCGGGCUACUUCCUUACCGCCUCAUCGCACGUAUGACUGUGCCAUUGAUCUACUCCCUGGGUGCUGCCCUCCUAGAGGUCGGAUCUUUUCCUUGUCCUCCCCCGAGCACGCAGCUAUGGACACCUACAUUAAGGAGUCCUUGGCAGCCGGCCUCAUCCAUGCCUCUACUUCCCCGGCUGGGGCGGGCUUCUUUUUUGUUGAAAAGAAGGACGGGGGUCUUAGGCCUUGUAUUGAUUACCGGGGACUCAACAAGAUCACGGUUCGGAAUCGAUAUCCUCUUCCUCUCAUGGCCACUGCUUUUGAGCUGCUUCAAGGGGCUUCCAUUUUUACUAAACUGGAUCUCCGCAAUGCUUACCAUCUCGUGCGGAUCCGGCAAGGUGACGAAUGGAAGACGGCGUUCAACACGCCCACGGGGCACUAUGAAUAUCGGGUGAUGCCGUUCGGGCUCACCAAUGCCCCCGCAGUAUUCCAAGCCCUGAUUAAUGAUGUUCUCCGGGAUAUGCUUAAUCUGUUCGUCUUCGUGUACCUGGACGAUAUCCUCAUCUUCUCGAGGUCACUGAAGGAGCAUGAGGGGCAUGUUAGCCGGGUUCUCCAGAGGCUCCUUGACAAUCACCUCUAUGUUAAACCUGAGAAGUGUGAAUUUCAUGUUUCUCAGACUCAGUUUCUCGGGUUUAUUGUCACUCCCGGGCACCUAGAGAUGGAUCCCAAGAAGGUCGAAGCGGUCCGCAGCUGGCCCACACCUGCCACGGUCAAGGAGGUUCAACGGUUCAUUGGCUUUUCUAACUUCUAUCGGAAGUUCAUCAAGAAUUUCAGCUCAGUGGUAGCCCCCUUGACGACGCUUACCAAGGGAGGAGGGACCAAGAUUCACUGGGGUCCGGAAGCAGCAGGGGCCUUCGAGGAUCUCAAGCGCCGCUUCACGUCUGCUCCGAUUCUGGUGACUCCUGACCCAGAAAGACCUUUCGUGGUGGAGGUGGACGCCUCAGAGGUGGGGGUGGGAGCCGUCCUGUCACAGAGGGGUGAGGAUGGGAGAUUACACCCUUGUGCCUUCAUGUCUCGCCGCCUGUCUGAGGCCGAGCGCAACUACCACGUGGGGGAUCUAGAGUUGCUUGCAGUAAAACUGGCCUUGGAAGAGUGGCGCCAUUGGCUUGAGGGGGCUCAGCACCCGUUCCAGGUUCUCACAGACCACAAGAACCUGGAAUAUCUCCAACAGGCUAAGCGGAUGAACCCUCGGCAAGCACGAUGGUCCCUUUUCUUUAAUCGAUUCCAGUUCCUCCUGUCUUACCGACCUGGCACCAAGAACGUCAAGCCGGAUGCCCUGUCUCGAGCCUAUUCUCCCGAGGUACAAGAGAAGCCCUUGGCAUCGAUUAUUCCGAGGUCUAGGAUCGUCGCACCUCUUCAGUGGGAACUAGAAAGAGGGGUACGAGAAGCCCUUGUCCAUGAGCCCGAUCCAGGCGGUGGUCCUGCCGGUCGCCUGUACGUUCCUCUCUCUGUUCGGGCCCGCGUCUUGCAGUGGGGUCAUGAGUCGCCCUUGACAUGCCAUCCAGGCAGUGCUCGCACACUGGAAUUCCUCCGACGGCGGUUUUGGUGGCCGUCCAUCAAGAAGGACGUGCAGGUCUAUGUUGAGGCCUGCCCGGUGUGCAACCAGGGAAAGUCGACGCGCCAGCGACCCCAGGGACUGCUCCAUCCCUUACCUAUUCCUCGAAGGCCAUGGUCACACCUUUCUCUGGACUUUGUUACGGGACUUCCUCCAUCCCAGGGCAACACCGUCAUCCUAGUGAUCGUUGACCGGUUCUCUAAGGCUGCCCGGUUUAUUCCCCUGCCCAAGCUGCCCUCGGCUAAGGAGACUGCUGAGCUCCUCAUGAACCAUGUCUUCCGGAUAUUUGGCAUUCCCCUGGACGUGGUCUCUGACCGAGGUCCCCAAUUCUCGUCCCGGUUUUGGGGGGCCUUCUGCAGGCUUAUUGGGGCCACAGCCAGCCUAUCGUCAGGGUUCCAUCCAGAGUCUAAUGGCCAAACGGAACGGAUUAAUCAGGAUCUGGAGACCACCCUGCGGUGUAUGGCGGCCAGUAAUCCCACGUCUUGGGCCACCUAUAUCAUUUGGGCUGAAUAUGCCCACAACACCCUCCAGUCUUCAGCCACCGGAUUGUCCCCCUUCGAAUGCCAGUUCGGUUACAACCCUCCAUUAUUUCCAGAGGAAGAGGCGCAAGUUGGUGUUCCCUCGGCCCAGCGCUUUGUCCAACGCUGUAGGCGGACCUGGAAGAAGGCCAGGUGUAUCCUCCUUCGGACCUCCCAGAGAUACCAAAGUCAGGCUAAUCGACACCGCCGGACGGCCCCUAGUUUCCGAGCUGGUCAGAGAGUUUGGUUGGCCACUAAGAACCUGCCACUCCGGGUCGAAUCCAAGAAGCUUUCCCAGAGAUACAUCGGCCCUUUCCGCAUUGCUAGAAAGGUUAACCCUGUUUCGUAUCGUUUGGUUCUGCCUCGCUCCCUUAGAGUUAACCCCACUUUCCAUGUUUCACUCCUUAAACCUGUCUUGUCUUCUCCUUUUGCCCCCCCACGCAGACCCCCGCCACCUCCCAGGAUCAUUGACGGCCAGCCAGCCUACACAGUCCGCCGGAUGCUGGACUCCCGGAGGGUCCAGAACUCUCUGCAGUAUCUGGUGGACUGGGAGGGCUACGGGCCAGAGGAGCGCUCCUGGGUUCCAGCCAGGGACAUCCUGGACCCAGGUUUGAUCCGAGAUUUUCGCACCCUGGGGCCGGGGUGUUCUGGAAGGAACGUCAGGAGUCGUUCCUAGAGGAGGGGGUCCUGUCAGCUUCCUGCCUCCUGUUUGUCUCCGGGCCUCUAGAGGUCAUCUGUGUUCCCCUCUGCCUUAGUUCUUCCUCGUGUGUCCUAAUUAGCUUGAUCCAGGUCACCUGUGCCUUGUUUCCCCUUGUGUAUUUUAGCUGUGUGUUUUCCCCUUGUUUCUCACUUGGUUAUUGAGUCCUGGCUAUGUGUCUCCUGCUUUGUUCCACCGUGUCUUUCCAAGUAAGGUUUUCUAAGUUAUCUUUAGUUUGUUUUUCUCCCCUCGUGGAGUUAUUUUGUUUUGCCUCCUGUUUUGUUAACAUACCUCUUUCUGAGAAGAACUUUUGUUGGACUAUUUGUGAAUGGCGAAGAACCUUUGUUUUUAUAUUAAAUCUACUGGCCUGGAGUAUUGCCUUGGGUGUUUCAUUUGGGUCCUACUACACCUCCUCUGUGGCUAAGGGGUAUUACCCCCAGCUCUCCACAUCUGAGACCGGAGUUCUAGCACGGCUUGUGACAGAAAAUAGAUCCAUGUCUCUUGGCUUUUUCUCUCAGUUUCAGGAUCUGGAGUACCUGUACAUUGACGGCUGUUUUGCUCAAAUCCUUCCAACUGGGAAUAGCCACCUUCCAAAUCUGGAACACAUGUACUUGAUAGGUAAAUGGGGAAUGGGCUCUGGGUGUUGCGAUUGUCAUAUUGGGCCUCAUACAUUCAGAGAUCUAGUUAAGUUAAGUCAUUUGUAUAUACAGGGUUACAGGUUAAGAGCAAUGGCACCAGAUGUUUUCCAUGGCAUCCCUCAGUUACAAAGAUUCAGCAUUGGUGAACCCUGUGAAGAGGAUUUGUCAGAGAUACUAUGCAGAAUAAUGAAUAUAAAGUCACUUAUAAAGAUAACUGUAAACGCACCAGUGAUACAAUCGUUAAACCAAUCAAACUGCUCCAACAACAACCAAAACGUGACAUCUGUUUUUAACAAUCUAACAAGAGUUGACUUAUUAUUUGAUGAAAUAACACAUAUAGAGGAAGGUGCAAUUGCUUGACUCCAGAACCUGACAAUUUUAAAUACGGCUUUCAGCCAGGAAGUCCUACUGCGCCUUCCCCUUUCUGGGAUUAAGCAAAUCCAGUAAUUCAGUUGCUUUGGUAGCAAUGACAUUGAUAUUGAAAGUAUCUGUAAUGUCGUGUUUUUGCUUUCAAUCAAGCAAAUAUAUUUAUACAAUGCCAAUACAAGCAGCCUCUCUAUGUCCAGUGUUGAAUUGUGCAUUGGGCUAGAAUAUAUGCAUUUAUCUGGACCUGGAGCCAUCUAUCCUACUCCCCAUUUGAAAUGGAAUUUCAUUUCCAGUCUCAAAAACAUUAAUCAAUUAACAAUAGAUGGCCUGACAGAUAACAUACUUGAUAUAUGCUCCUGCCAAAAACAACCAAUCACAUGGUUAACAAAACUCACUUUAGAGUUGAACAAUCCACAAAUACUUUUUGCAAAACAAUUUAGCUGUCUUGUUAAACUGCAGUACCUGGAUUUAACACAUAAUUUUAUUUCAAACAUUGAAGACUUUGCUUUCCUGGGAUUGACAAAUCUGGAGUCCUUAAACAUUACAAGAAACAACAUAACACAGAUCCAUGCAAACACAUUUUUUGGUUUAAGUAGUUUGACACGUUUAGACCUCAGGAACAAUCCACUUAUUCACAACAUUGAGGCAAUGUCUUUCACACACCUCACGUCUCUAAAACAAGUGUUUCUCGGGCAAGUGCACAAUCCACUAACAGAACCUGUGAUCAAGCUGAAUCUGACACUUAUAUUUGGUGGCAUUCUGAGUCAGCUGAGUCAUCUGUACAUUAGUUCAGCUAUGAGGCCGAUGCAGUUGACUAUCGGCAGUAACAUCACAUCUAAACAGAACCUGAGUCUCCAGCUCAAAGGCCAGACGGUUUCAUUUGAAGACUGUGACAGACCUUUCUUUCAGUCCGUAACCCAUCUUAAUACUGAUGCUGAAGAAUUCCUUUGUGGAUCUGAAUUCAUGGGAAAGUACUUCACGUCUGUGGAGACAUUUGACUACAGAUCUAAGCUUUCAGCUAAAAGUGUUGAUUUAACAUAAAUUAAUCAGCUGAUUCACCUGAGGAAACUGGCUCUAAGACGGGUGGAUCUUUUAAUACAGCGUUCUGCCAACAUCAUUUUUCACAACCUGACCAAACUGGAGGUUCUGGAACUUUAUAACUGCAGGAUUUAUUCUUUGGAGGGGAGUUUAACUAAAGACUUAAAAUCUUUGAAAACAUUGUAUUUGCAUAUCGAGAACAUUUAUAAUGUAUUCUACAGCUUUACUGAACCUCUCUCUAGCCUUAAGUAUUUGAUACUUUUGAAGUUUCAGAUGUUUUGCAGUUGUGACAAUGCUUGGCUCAUUACAUGGGCCAAGGGGUACAGGCAAGUUGAGGUGAUGAUGCUUUCUCCGUAUUCACAUCCAGUUAUGUAUGUUCUGGAGGAUUUGAUAUGCUUGUCGGACAAUGGACUAGACACACCUAAUUUUGUAAAGUACACAGAAGACAACUGCUCAACAGAGGUAGACUUUGUGCUCUUUGCUGCGACUGGUCUGGGAGUCCUGUUCUUCAUGCUGGUGGUGUUGGUUCACAACCUGGCCGGCCCCUACCUCCUCCCCCUCUACCACAUCACCCUUGGCUGGCUGUCGGAGGCCAUGCGAUCCAACACCAGGGGGCGCUACCACUACGAUGCGUUUGUCUCCUACAGCGGGAAGGACGAACACUGGGUGGUGGAGGACCUGCUUCCCAAUUUGGAGCAGAGGGGUCCUCCAUUCCUGCGCCUCUGUCUGCACAGCAGGGACUUCCAGCUGGGGAAGGACAUUGUGGAGAACAUCACAGACAGCCUCUACCAGAGCCGCCACACCCUCUGCCUAGUCAGCCGCCACUACUUGCGCAGUAACUGGUGCUCCCUGGAGAUGAAGCUGGCCACCUCCAGGCUGCAGGUGGAGCAAAGGGACGUCAUCCUCCUGGUCUUCCUGGAGAAGAUCCCCCCUCGCCAGCUGUCUGCCCACCACAGGCUGGCUCGCCUGGUGAAGACCAGGACCUAUCUGGACUGGCCCCAAGACCCCAAUCAGCACCAGGCAUUCUGGGACAGACUGUGGGCUAAACUGAAACCUCAGACUGAAGCGUGA